AUGUCCCGCCUGCUGCGCAGCCUGCGCAGCUCGCAGCCCGUGGCGCGCUUCCAGCGCUGCUGCGGGCUCUUCCCCGCCGGCGAGGAGGGGCCCGGCGCGCCCGCGCAGCCCGGGCGGCCGCAGCGCGGCGGCGGGGCGGGCGGGCAGCGCUGCGCCGCGGCCGCCGCCGGCCGCGGGGCGCCCAGCGGGGCGCGGAGCGGCCGCGGCCCGCAGGGUUGUGCACAGAAGUAUGUUGUGAAGAACUACUUCUACUACUACUUAUUCAAGUUUUCGGCUGCUCUGGGUGAAGAGGUGUUUUAUAUCACUUUCCUUCCGUUUAUCUACUGGAACAUAGAUCGCUCUGUGUCCAGAAGGAUGAUAAUCAUCUGGUCUAUAGUGAUGUACAUCGGCCAGGUCUCCAAGGACAUCUUGAAGUGGCCCCGGCCCCUCUCGCCGCCCGUGGUGAAGCUGGAGAGGAGAACGGAUGCAGAAUAUGGGAUGCCAUCUACCCACGCCAUGGCAGCUACUGCCAUCUCCUUCUCCCUUCUGAUCGCAACCAUGAACCAGUACAAGUACCCGUUCGAGCUGGGGCUGGCGGGGGCGUUCGUGUUUUCCACGCUGGUGUGCCUCAGCAGGCUCUACACGGGGAUGCACACCGUGCUGGACGUGAUCGGCGGAGCGCUGAUUUCAGCCGUGUUGCUGGUGCUCCUGUAUCCUGCGUGGGACCUCAUCGAUCACCUGCUGUUAACGAGUCCCUUCUGCCCGCUGCUGUCCAUAGCUGUGCCUCUCGUCUUGUGUUACAACUACCCCAAACUCGAGUAUUACAGCCCUACCAGGGCAGACACCACCACUAUCCUAGGAGCGGGAGCCGGAGCGACUGUGGGAUUUUGGUUGAAUAACCAGUAUGCAGCACCAGCUUACACCAGCGAAAAUUUCCAUCUGGGGUUUCCUCUGCUCACCGGUACGACGCUCAUGGUUAUGCUAGCCCGGUUCUUGGUGGGGAUCUGCACUAUUCUCCUGACGCGCCAGCUCAUGAAAAACGUGGUCCUCGGCGUGCUGUGCUAUCGGUACAAGUUUCCCGUUAGUGACCUAGAAGCCAGAAGACGACUGGAAGUCGAGGUGCCUUAUAAAUUUGUAACGUAUUCUUCAGUUGGCUUCAGUGCUACUGUGAUUGUGCCGCUAUUGCACCAGUUAUUAGGACUGAUCUGA